AUGAAUAGUUUUCAAAUGAGCAGCAAUUCCUAAUAAGUUUAAGCUGAUCCUGAAAUAGAGGAGAGAAUAAAAAAAAUAGUAGAUGAGUUUGAAGAUAAUUUUAUUUUUGAUAGCUAAUAUGUUUAGGCCAAUGAGUUCUUAAAUUAGAUUACAGAUAAAACAAUUAGAGAAGAUAUUAGGAUACUUAGCAUUGAAGCAAGAGUAUUAAUUUAUGAUGACCCGCUUAAAUCAGAAUAAAUUUACCAAGCAUUAUUUGAAAAACAUCCAACUUAUUUUAAAAAUACAUUUGAAUAUUUAACACUCUUAUUUGACUGUUAUGAAGGAAAAGCUUAGGAAGUUAAAAAAAAAGUUCUUUAAAUUGUCUAAAAUUACUAAGGAAACUAAGAAAAUGAUGCUUACUUUUUAGCUUGCAAAAGUGUUGCAAUGAAAUCCAAAAAAAACAUGGAAUUAUCUAGAAAGUUAAUGAAAUAAGCUAUAGAAAAAGCUAAUAAAGCUUACCAGAUAUCGGAUAUGUACGCAUAAUUAGGAAACACUUAUUUAGAAUUAGAAUAAUAUUAAAAAGCAAUAAAAUACUACUUAGAGGGCUUGAAAAUACAACCAAAAAAUGAUGAAUGUUUAAAUAACAUAAGUUUUUGUUAUUUAGAAAUGCAUGAACUAGAAAAAUCUAUUUAAUUUGGGGAACUUGCUCUCUUGAAUUACCCCUAUAACUCUACUGUCCUUUGUAAUUUAGCAAUUGUAUACGAAGAGCUGGACGAUAUAGAUAAAGCAGAGUAAGCUUAUCUUGCCUUGUUUUAAAACAAAACAAGUGGUUGUGUUUAACAUGCAAAUUACAUGCAGUUUCUAUAUGAACACAGAUUUAAUGAUCCUAAUAAAAGACUUUUAAUCAUCGAACAUUUAAAAAAAGGAUUUAUUUAUGAGCCAACUGCAUAAAAUUCCAUUUUUGAACCCUUUUACGUUUUUUUAAAGGAAACUGAGAAAUUUGGUAAAGCUCUUUACUCCUAUAAAAUAAUUGUAUGUUUUAUGGAUUUUUUAGAGACAAUAAGAUAGCAAGCUCCUAAUUUAUUAGAAAAUAUAGCUUUAAAAGUUAAUAAAAUUAUAUAAUCUCUUUAAUAAAUUGAAAUCGACGAAGAAUUCGAAGAUAUUUCAGAUGAUGAAUAUGAAUAUGAAGAUGGCUAUGAAGUAGAAGAAGAUUAUAGUAGUAAUUAAGUGUAAGUUUAAGAUAGUUAAGAUAAUUAGGAGGUUGAUUAACAAUAAAAUCUUAACAUAAAAACUGAUGGAUAAUUUUUAGAAAAUUUGAUUUUAGGAAAUUAAAUUUAUCAAGAUCCUACUUUAGUAAAGCCAAUUAGUACUCAUUAGUAAAUAGCUAUAUAUAAGCUAAUUUAUGAUAUGAUCUUAUUAAAAUCUAGAGAAAAUUCAAUUUUGUAUAGUUUAAUAAUAUAUAAUAGACACAUAUCUGAGAAUUUGCAUUUUUAAAGCAAUAUAUAAUUUUGGGAUUUAUAUUUUGAUUGA